UUGCCGUAUGAAUGUGCAGAGACGCUUUCCGAAUGUCUACGCGAUGCGGCCACGGUAGACGGAAGCGAAUCGUGUCGUGAAGCCGUGGAACGGAUAGCCAGUGCUGCAGCGAACGAUGCUCACAAAUGGCAGAACUUCUUCAGGAACCAAUUUUACCUAGGACCAAAUUUGAUACUGAAAACGCUGAUGGGAGUAUGUUUGGUGGCGUUGGCUUAUUUCGUUUUGCGACUGCGCAACGCUAGGAAGUUGGACGAGAAAUCUCUCAAGUAUUCGCCAGUGUGA